UUUUCCGGUUAUCUCGCAGGGUUGGCAGCACGUGGAUGGAGGGCCGAGAAGACGUUUGACUUGACAUAUUGAGAGUUUAACGCUUAUUUCUGCCUUUUUUAUUUACCUUAGGGUCUAUCAGCUAAAUAGUCACCAUGGUGAAGCCAGGGUUCAAGGGGAGAAGCACGAUAAAUCCCUCGUCGGCCAGCAGCAACCCUGAUCGGCCCAAGGGUGCCGCCGGGAGCCACAUGAGGGACCGUGCCACCGUCAAGCGGCUCAACAUGUACCGGCAGAAACAACGAUGCAACGACCGAGGCCAGGUCGUGAAGCGGCUCCAGUACCAGUCCACAGUCGCCCCGGGAACGGUGGCCAGAGUGGAGCCCAACAUCAAGUGGUUCGCUAACACCCGGGUGAUCAAGCAGUCGUCCCUGCAGAGGUUCCAGGACGAGAUGGGAGCGGUGAAGAAGGACCCGUAUCGUGUGGUGAUGAAGCAGAGCAAGCUGCCCAUGUCCCUGCUGCACGACAGAGUCAAGGCCCAUAACGCCAAGGUGCACAUCCUGGACACGGAGGGCUUCGGGACCACGUUCGGGCCCAAGGCCCAGCGGAAGAGGCCCAGUCUGCUGGUGGGGGAUGUGAAGGACCUGGCGGAUAAGGCCCAGGCCUCGGCCCAGACCUACAGCUCCGAAAACGACAGGGACCUGGUCGUCGAGGACACAGGGGUCAGGGACGAGGUUCGUGAGGAGAUCUUCAAGAAGGGUCAGUCCAAGAGGAUCUGGGGCGAGCUGUACAAGGUGAUCGACUCCUCUGACGUGGUCAUCCAGGUGCUAGACGCCCGCGACCCCCUAGGGACGCGCUCCCAGAGCAUCGAGACCUACAUCAAGAAGGAGAAGCACUGGAAGCAUCUCAUCUUCGUGCUCAACAAAUGUGACCUCAUCCCGGCCUGGGUCACAAAGCGCUGGGUAGCUGUGCUGUCCCAGGAAUACCCCACGCUGGCGUUCCAUGCCAGCCUCACCAACUCCUUCGGCAAGGGCUCCCUGAUCCAGCUGCUCCGGCAGUUUGGAAAGCUCCACACAGACAAGAAGCAGAUCAGUGUGGGUUUCAUCGGGUAUCCGAACGUGGGGAAGAGCUCCGUCAUCAACACGCUGCGCUCCAAGAAGGUCUGCAACGUGGCCCCGCUCGCCGGGGAAACCAAGGUGUGGCAGUACAUCACGCUGAUGCGCCGUAUCUUCCUGAUCGACUGCCCCGGUGUGGUCUACCCCUCCGAGGACAGCGAGAGCGACAUUGUGCUGAAGGGAGUGGUCCAAGUGGAGAAGAUCAAGAACCCGGAGGAGCACAUAGCAGCAGUGCUAGAGCGGGCCAAGCCAGAGUACAUCCAGAAGACGUACCGCAUCCCUUCCUGGACGUCCGCUGAAGACUUCCUGGAGAAGAUGGCCUUCCGUACGGGGAAACUGCUCAAGGGGGGGGAGCCAGACCUGCCCACCGUGUCUAAGAUGGUGCUGAAUGACUGGCAGAGGGGACGUAUCCCCUUCUUCGUGAAGCCUCCUGGACCAGAGGGAGAACCUCAGGUGAAGGAGCUGCCUCUGAAGGAGACCUCUAGUGCAGAGCAGGAGGAGCAGCAGCAGGAGGUGCAGGAGGAGGAGGUGAAGGAGGAGGUGCAGGAGAUGGAGCAGGUUGGCGAGGCAUCCGCGUCAUCAGAGCAGCAGGCCCAGCAGCAGCGUCAGAGACGCAAGCAGGAACAGCUCCACAAGAUCCUGUCCUCCGUGCGGCAGAACUUCGGCAAGAUCCACGUGGUGCCCGAGUUCAACGAGGAAGACCUGGUUCCCGUGGAGGCGGACGACCUCGACCUGGCUGACCUCUCAGGCUCCGAGGAGGAGGAAGAGGAGAGGGAGGAAGAGGAGGGGAAAGUGGAGGAUGCAGGGCUGGCGCCAGGAGAAGGGGAUGCAGAGACGUCCACCAGUGUCCCCGGCCAGCAGCCUGCCAAAGCAGACAAGAGUUCACGGCAGGUGAUCCGAGAGCUGGACGACAAGAUCGCCAAGUACAAGCAGUUCCUGGAUCGGGCCAAGACCAAGCGCUUCUCAGGCAUCAGGGUCUCCAAGGAGUUCUCUGACUCAGUGCUCACUGACAUGAAAGCAAAGCAGGAGGCCACGGCUCAAGCCCAGCUGAAAGCUGCCAUCCAGAGGAGCAAAAAGAGGAAAGCGGAGGAGGAGCAGGAGCGACCCUCUCAGCCCACCAAGCUAACGUCCAAGCAGAGGAGAGCGAUGGAGCGUGCGAAGAAGGCGAAGAAGGUGGGGGCGCGUUAUUACGAAACACACAACGUCAAGAACAAGAACAAGAACAGAAAGCUGCCGCCAGCGGCCACAGAGGGCAAGAAGGCCAAGAGAUCAAAGCGCUAGCCUGGAGCCCACCAUCUGACUCGAACAGUUGUAAUCCAUCCUGAUUUUUAACAGCCCCACCUGAGUCCAAGGUCUUGUCUUUUCGACAAAGUGAUGGGGUGCUGACAGACAGGGAGUCUGAGCGAGGAAUUUCUGAUCUGACCUGAGUGUUCUUCCUGGUAGUGAUGGAGAUCACCUCUCUGUUCUCUCCCUUGACUUCAACUGCUAUGGGGAUUGACUUUGCUACGAAAAGGCUCCAGUUCUUUUCAUUUGCCGAGUGCACGUGUAAUGCAUCUUGAAAUUCAAGAUUCAGAAAAUGUGUAUUUAUUUCCACUGUACAUGUUGUGCCUUUUAUAAGAUGGCUCAAUAAAAUGGACUUUAAAAACA